AUGACCCAACGAAGGUCAUCGUGGACUGCCCCGUCGGUGGGCAGUGGUGCUGGGGAGGAGAUCUAUCGCACAGUAUCGAAUGCCCUGUCGAGGAGUUUCAGCAACAAGAAGGAGGAACCGGUUUUGGACGACUCAAGCGACGAUGAAAAGUCGAUCAGCAAGGCCGACAAUUGGCACAUGAUGGACGAAGUCAAGGCACUGGCUCAACAGACCGAGAAGGACAGCCAAAAGGAGAAACGACUCGGUGUUACCUGGACGAACCUGACUGUCAAAGGCGUUGGUGCCGAUGCAGCGUUGCAUGAGAACGUGCUGAGCCAGUUCAACAUUCCCAGAUUAAUCAAGGAGGGCCGAGGGAAGCCUCCACUCAAAACCAUCGUCGACAACAGCCAUGGAUGUGUCAAGCCCGGAGAGAUGCUGCUCGUUCUCGGCCGGCCCGGUGCUGGUUGUACAUCACUACUCAAGAUGCUGGCCAACCGUCGGCUAGGCUACGCUGAAGUCACUGGCGACGUCAAAUUCGGCUCCAUGGACGCAAAGGAGGCCAAGCAAUACCGAGGGCAGAUCGUCAUGAACACCGAAGAGGAGCUUUUCUUCCCUACCCUGACCGUCGGCCAGACAAUGGACUUCGCUACGCGGAUGAAGGUCCCUCACAAAGUGCCCUCGAAUAUGAAGGGGCAGAAAGAAUUCCAGCAACUCGUGCGAGACUUCUUGCUUCGAUCGAUGGCUAUCGAGCACACCCACGAGACGAAGGUCGGCAACGAGUUCGUACGAGGUGUCUCUGGUGGUGAGCGAAAGCGAGUAUCGAUCAUCGAGACAAUGGCCUCGCGUGGCUCAGUGUUUUGCUGGGAUAACAGCACACGUGGACUCGACGCCUCGACGGCACUAGAAUACACCAAGUGUGUACGAGCCAUGACCGAUGUACUGGGUCUCAGCUCCAUCGUGACCCUGUACCAAGCCGGCAAUGGCAUCUACGACCUUUUCGACAAAGUCUUGAUCCUCGACGAGGGCAAGCAAAUCUUCUACGGUCCAAUGCCGCAAGCAAAACCUUUCAUGGAGGAACUCGGCUUCAUGUACACGGACGGAGCCAAUGUCGCUGAUUACCUUACUGGUGUCACCGUUCCAACCGAGAGAAAGAUCAGACCUGGCUUCGAAGACCGCUUCCCUCGCACUGCCGAGGACAUCCGAGCCUACUAUGAGCGAACAAAUAUCAAGAGUUUGAUGGAGUCUGAGUACAACUUCCCCGAGACCGACGAAGCCAAAGCAUAUACGAAAGACUUCCGGGAAAGCGUACAGUCUGAGAAACACCCUAGCCUGCCCAAGAAGUCGCCUCUCACCGUCAGCUUCUACACGCAAGUCAAAGCCGCCGUCAUCCGACAAUAUCAGCUCCUCUGGGGUGACAAGACCACUUUCUUCAUCACUCAAGGCUCGACCGUCGUUCAAGCAAUCAUCGUCGGAUCGCUCUUCUACAAUGCGCCCGACAACUCCUCUGGUCUCUUCAGCAAAGGUGGCUCGCUCUUCUUUGCUAUGCUCUACAACUCACUCCUCUCCAUGGCCGAAGUCACGAACUCUUUCAGUGCUCGCCCUGUCUUGGCCAAGCAUCGAGGAUUCGCAUUGUACCAUCCGGCCGCUUUCUGCAUUGCCCAGAUUUGCGCCGACAUUCCUCUGCUCUUUGCUCAGGUCACUCUUUACGCAGUACCUGCGUACUGGAUGACAGGCCUCAAAGGAACUGCUAGCGCCUUCUUCACCUUCUGGGUCAUCUGCUACGCCGUCAGUAUGUGUAUGACAGCCUGCUUCCGCAUGAUCGGAGCCGCCUUCCCUACGUUCGACGACGCCUCGAAAGUUUCCGGCUUCUUGAUUUCGGCCCUCAUCAUGUACACUGGUUACAUGAUCCCCAAGCCAAAUAUGCAUCCUUGGUUUGUCUGGAUCUACUGGAUCGAUCCCCUGGCGUAUGGGUACGAGGCUCUUGCGGGCAACGAGUUCCACGACCAGAUCAUCCCUUGUGUCAACAACAACCUCGUGCCGAAUGGACCGGGCUACAACGAUACAAGCUUCCAAGCUUGCACUGGUGUCAGAGGCGCCCCGAUCGGUGCCGCUUCUCUGACUGGUGAUGAUUACCUCAGAGGCCUUUCCUACAGCCACUCGCACGUCUGGCGCAACUUUGGCAUCAUCUUCGCCUGGUGGGCACUCUUCGCUGCAGGCACCAUCUUUUUCACAUCUCGCUGGAGCAUGAUCUCAGGCAACUCGGGCUUCCUCGUCAUCCCUCGCGAGAAAGCCAAGAAAGUCAAGCACCUCGUCGGCGAUGAGGAGUCGCAGCCAGCUGCCUCUUCUGCGUCGAGCGAGAAGACUCGAUCGAUCGAUUUCAAUGCGGAGAAGGAGAAGGAGAAGAAUAAUAAUGUCGACUCGCAGCUCAUCCGCAACACCUCUGUCUUUACCUGGAAGAACCUCACUUACACUGUCAAGACUCCUUCUGGCGACCGCGUUCUCCUCGAUAACGUGCAAGGCUGGGUUAAGCCAGGUAUGCUGGGUGCCUUGAUGGGCUCAAGUGGUGCUGGAAAGACUACUCUUCUUGAUGUCCUGGCACAGCGAAAGACUGAUGGCACCAUCAAGGGCAGCAUCAUGGUCGAUGGACGUGAUCUGCCCGUUUCGUUCCAACGGUCUGCUGGAUACUGCGAGCAACUUGACGUUCAUGAGCCUCUGGCCACUGUCCGUGAAGCACUUGAGUUCUCUGCCUUGCUUCGACAAAGCCGUGAUAUCCCACGGGAAGAGAAGCUCAAGUACGUCGACACCAUCAUUGACCUUCUGGAAAUGCACGAUAUCGAGAACACUCUCAUUGGGACGACUACUGCUGGACUUUCGGUUGAGCAGAGGAAGCGUUUGACGAUCGGAGUUGAGCUCGUUUCGAAGCCCAGCAUCUUGAUCUUCUUGGACGAACCUACUUCCGGUCUCGAUGGUCAAGCCGCCUUCAACAUCGUCCGCUUUUUGCGAAAGCUUGCAGACGUUGGUCAGGCUGUUCUCGUCACUAUCCAUCAGCCUUCCGCCUCUCUAUUCGCUCAAUUCGAUACGCUGCUCCUCCUAGCAAAGGGUGGAAAGACGGUCUACUUCGGCGACAUUGGGGACAACGCCCAAACGAUCCGCGAGUACUUUGGCCGCUACGAUGCUCCAUGUCCUGCCAACGCCAACCCUGCCGAACACAUGAUUGACGUCGUCUCCGGUUCCCUCAGCAAAGGCAGAGACUGGAAUCAGGUCUGGCUCUCUUCGCCUGAAUACUCCGCCAUGACGACCGAGCUCGACCAUUUGAUCGACGAUGCAGCCUCCAAGCCUCCUGGCACUGUCGACGACGGCCACGAGUUCGCGACUUCCCUGUGGACGCAGAUCAAGCUCGUCACGCAACGCAAUAACAUCUCCCUCUACCGCAACACCGACUACGCCAACAACAAGUUCGCCCUGCACAUUGGCAGUGGUCUCUUCAACGGAUUUACGUUCUGGAUGAUUGGAAACAGUGUUGCAGACCUUCAACUGCGCCUGUUUACGAUCUUCAACUUCAUCUUCGUUGCCCCUGGCGUCCUCGCCCAGCUCCAGCCCCUUUUCAUCGACCGCCGAGACAUCUACGAAGCCCGCGAGAAGAAAUCGAAAAUGUACCACUGGGCAUCCUUCGCGACAGGAUUGAUCGUCUCCGAAAUCCCUUAUCUGGUCAUCUGCGCGGUUCUGUACUUCGUCACGUGGUACUAUACGGUCGGCUUCCCAGGCGACUCCAACAAAGCCGGGGCCGUUUUCUUCGUUAUGCUCUUCUACGAGUUCAUCUACACAGGCAUCGGUCAGGCGAUUGCCGCCUACGCGCCCAAUGCAGUGUUCGCAGCACUCGCAAACCCGCUUUUCAUCUCGGUGUUGUCCUCCUUCUGCGGCGUCCUGGUCCCCUACGCCCAAAUCCAAGCCUUCUGGCGCUACUGGCUCUACUACCUCAACCCCUUUAACUACCUCAUGGGCAGCAUACUCGUCUUCACGACCUUCGACGUCGACGUCACCUGCACGCGCUCCGAGCUCGCCAUCUUCGACACCCCCGGCAACCAGACCUGCGGCGAGUAUCUGGCCUCGUACAUGACCGGGCUGGGGGCCCGCACGAACCUGCUCAACCCGGACGCGAGCGGCGGCUGUGAGGUGUGUCAGUACCGCACGGGUGCGGAUUAUCUGUACACGUUGAAUUUGGAGGAUUAUUAUUUUGGGUGGAGGGAUGCGGCGAUUGUGGUGUUGUUUGCGAUUUCUUCUUAUGGGUGUGUGUAUGCGUUGAUGAAAUUGCGAACCAAAGCCAGCAAGAAGGCCGAAAAGUAA